UUCAACAGCAGCUGCAGCAGCCAUGGCGCCACCCUGGGUGCCCGCUGUGGGCUUCACGCUGGCACCCAGCCUGGGGGGCUUCCUGGGCUCCCACUUUGUCCGCGGAGAGGGCCUCCGCUGGUACGACAGCCUGCAGAAGCCCUCAUGGCACCCGCCCCGCUGGACUCUGAGCCCCAUCUGGGCCACGCUCUAUUCGGCCAUGGGGUAUGGUUCCUACAUGAUCUGGAAAGAGCUGGGGGGCUUCUCAGAGGAGGCUGUGGUUCCCCUGGGCCUGUAUGCCGGGCAGCUGGCCCUGAACUGGGCAUGGCCCCCCAUCUUCUUUGGAGCCCGACAAAUGGGUUGGGCCCUGGUGGACCUCCUGGUGACCAGUGGGGCGGUAGCAGCCACGACUGUGGCCUGGUACCGGGUGAGCCCGCCGGCUGCCCGCCUGCUCUACCCUUACCUGGCCUGGCUGGCCUUUGCGACCACGCUCAACUACCGUGUAUGGCGGGACAACCAAGGCCGGCGCGGUGGCCGGCGGCUUCCAGAGUGAGGGUGCCCAGCCCAUGAGGACUGUGGCCGCUGCCAGUUGGGCACCAUUGGAGGUGGUGGCCAUCAAGCUUUCAUGGCCAUGAGGCCUGCUGGUCUGUCUGCGUCUCAGCCCACGGGGUCACCAGCAGCUUCAGAGCCCCACCUGGGGAACAGCGUCGUCCUGAGCCUUCUGCAGUGCUCAGAGCACAAACGUGGAAUUUUAUAAGCCAAAUAAAGUUCUUAACUUCUA